AUGAGAUCGAAGUAUAAGCAAUAAAAGAAUGAUGAGAAUGAGUUUAUAAAUAAAAAUUAUAGAAUUCAAUAUCUUUUCUAAUUAAUCAUUUAAGGCGAUUUAUUAAUAUUUUUUGUUUUGCCAAUUAUGGAUAAAUAAUAAAUUGAAGAGAAAUGGUUAAUAUGUGCAGAUCCAGAUAGUUGUCAGAUUUAUACUUUAAAUAUCAAUACAAAUGAAUUCAAAAUUGAAUGUGAGGUCGAUUAAGAAUACAGAUAAAAAGCUAUUCAAGCUAUUUAAUAAAUUGAACAAAUGUUAAAAUUGAAAUCAGGUACUUGGCGAAUGGCAUCUAAACAAAUUGAAUAAUAUCGAAGGAGAAAAAUUCCAUCAUAUUUAUUACAUAAAUAAUCCUCCUCUAUUCCAACUUAUCUUUGUUAAUCCACACUAAGUUAAGCUUUUGUUAAAGUGAACUCAAUCAAACUUUAGGUGAAAUUGAAUCAAUAUAAAGAAUUAUUUAUUAAUAUGCCACCAGAAGUUCAAUUAUUAGAGAAACCUAAUAUCGUCGAAAUAGAAGCAGGAUUAGUAACAGGUGCUGAUGAAGUUAUAAAAAAUGUUUUAAGAGAAAUCUAUUAAAGAUUUAAAGUGAAGCUUAAACCAAAAGAUGAAAAAAAUUAAUUUAUCUUACAAAUUGCUGGAUUCAAAGAAUUUUUAACAGGCAAUCACCCUAUGUUAUCUUAUGAUAGAGUGAGAGUGUAAUUAAGAGGAAUGAAGCACUUGGAAGUUAUUCUUACUGAAGUUCCAAAAUACACAGAUUAAUCAUCUUUAUUUCCUCCUAUUGUUUAAAGAAUAAAAGGAGCUGAUUAAUAUCCUCCAAUCGAAUGGAAGAAAUUUAAAGAUGUUCCUAUAUUAUUAUGGUAUGCACCUUCUACAUUGCCAAAAUAUGAAUUUGAAAUAAUCAACACUAGAAUAUCUUUUGGAAUAGGAGCCACUUAUUAAAUGAAAUUUGAUAAACCUAGAGGUUCUAGCCAAGAAAAUAUUUCAAAUUUGGAUUGCAGCGAAAAGAUUAAAAGAUAAUCUGUCGGAGAUAAUCCAUAAAAACAAUCAAUUUAAGAUUAAGGAAAUAAAAAAGGAGUUGGAUAUAUUAAUGACUUGGUUUCUAUGAGAAAUGAAUUGUUUAGAUAAAAUAUUCUGUCAAUCGAUCAAAAUAUUCUUUACUCUGGGGAAUGCGACUGGCCUUUUAGUGUCAGAAUUUGUUCAAUAGAAAAUCUUGUUUAAGCUCUUGAAUAGGACAAUAAAUUUGAAAAACCCUAAUUAAGAGCAACCUACAAUGGAUUAAUACCUCCACAAUAUAUUACAAAAAAAACUAGUACAAAAGUUGAAGAUGAUAAUCAUAAAACAAAAAACAACAAAUCUGAAAAUAGAGAGUAAAACUAAGGUAGACAAGUACAUUUAAAAUUGCAUAAAAGAACAGGUAGAGUCUUAGAUCCUAGAAAUCUUGAUAUUCGUAAAUAAAUUCCGUUUGGAGGAUAAGAUUUUUUGGAUGAAUUAGAGACUUUUUAAGAAAGAUACGAACUUGACUUUCUACCCUUUUUAAUAUCAGUUCAGGUUUGUUUAUAUCAUGGUUGUAAGCUAUUGACACCAUGGUGUUAAGCUGAAACAAAGAAAUAGCCUUUCAGUCAUUCUCCCAAAUUUUAUCAAUCAAUUACUUUUCCCGGAAUCAAGAUUUCAUAACUACCUUAAGAAGCAAGACUUUGCUUCAAUAUUAUAGCUCAUAGUGCUAUAGGGUAGCAAUAAAUUAUUGGUUGCACAACUAUGUAUAUUUUUUCUGAAGAAAAGAGAUUUCGAGCUCAUAUGAAUUAGUUGAAUGUAUGGCCUUUUUAUAAAAUUGAUCCUAGAUUACUUUGCGUAGGUCAAUAUUUUGGUUGGGUUAAUUCAUAAUAGUAAGCAGCAAUUACUUCUGAUGUAAUUACAAAUUCUUAUGGAAGAUUAAUAAUUUAAUUAGAUCAAUUCAAUUUACCAAUGAAAUGGAGUUUAAGAGAUGAAAAACAAUUAGAAGAACUUGGAUUUUCAAAAUCAGCAAGAAGUUAAAGGUACUAUGAAAUGAGAAAUACACUUAUUCCAAAUUCUGAUUAUUCAACAUAUUAGUAGAUGCAAUCAUCAACUUUGGCCUCCGAAUAAUUUGGAACCCUAUAUCAAAGUAAUUAUUCAACAACAUCAAACUCGUUUAGUUCUGCAAGCAAUUUUAAUGGUGGAUCCCACAUCUUUAGUAAAAAAUAAAGAGGAGUUGUAGCAGGAAGUUCUUUAUUUGCAGCAACUAAUAUUCAUUAAAGAUAACAUUCAAACCCUUAUGAACAAUAUUCUCAGGUUGGAUUUACAUCUCAAGAAUAGGGUACAAUUUUGAGGUUUGGAGAAUUUAAUGAGAGAAACACUCACCUAGCCCCUUCGGUAAUGCAUAUGGGAUAAGGAAGUUCCUUCAAUAUUCAUGAGCAAUCCAGUUCUUAAUUUAGUUCCUACAAACUAAGCCAUUAAUUCUCGUCAUAAAAUAUCUCUUAAAAUUAACCUGUGAGUGAGAGUUACAAUUAAAUUGUCACUUUUAAAAAUUGGUCAACUACUCCACGAACCGAAGAUCUAGCUAUCCUACAGGCUUUACUAAAGUACAAUCCACUAAACAGACCAUAUUUUACUGACCAGCAUAAAUAUAUUCUAAUGAUUUGUAGGAAUCACUAUAAGACUUUACCAUAUGCACUUUAAAUAUUUUUAAUGGCUAUAGAAUGGGAUGAUCCUGAGUAAGUAAGGGAAGCACAUAAUAUGAUAAAAUUAUGGACUCCUUUACCUCCAGAAGAUGCACUGCCAUUACUGGAUGCCCCAUUUGCUGAUGAAACUGUCAGGUUGUAUGCAGUUGAGAGAGUAAGUAUAUUGUCUGAUGAUGAAUUGUAAUUGUAUAUGUUAGAAUUGACUUAGUGUUUGAUGUUUGAGAAACAUCUUUUCAAUCCGUUAGCAGAAAUGUUGCUAGAAAGAAGUCUGUAAAAUCCAUGGGUUGUGGGUCAUGAAUUAUUUUGGUUGUUGAAAGCUUAAUUGCAUGUUAGACCAUCUUAUGAAAGAUAUUCUCUUUUAUUAGAAUAAUUACUUAUGCUUUGCGGGGAAUUCAGAUAAUAAUUAAUGAACGAGGUUCUCGUUGACAAUGAGCUUUAUAAUAUUGCAUAAAAAGUCAAAGAAGAAAAUAUACCAAAAGAUAAUAGAGUUUCAUUCUUAUAAGCAGAACUGCAAUAACUUUUUCCUAAACUACCUAAACCCUUCUCAUUUGCUUUAGAUUCAAGGAUGGAAGCUUAAUAAUUUAAGAUGAGUGAAUGUAAAGUUAUGGAUUCAAAAAAAAUGCCUUUAUGGUUGUCAGUGAUUCCCCAAUGCAUAGAGGAAGAUGAAGAUCUAUUGAUUUCUCAACCUAAAAAGAUUGGCAAAGCAAGCGAAGAAGGUUUAAUAUAAAUUAACAUUAUGCCUGAUGAUAAUAGAUAAGGAAAAGAUGGCAAAGAGCAUGCAAAUGAUUAAUAAAAUAUAGAUUCAAAACAAUCCACGCUUCUAAAAAUAAUGUUUAAAACUGGGGACGACAUUAGAUAAGAUAUGUUGACAUUGUAAUUGAUUAAAAUUAUGGAUAAAAUUUGGUUAGACGCAGGCUUAGAUUUUAGAAUGAAACCGUAUAAAACUAUUUCAACAUAAGAUAAUGUUGGUAUGAUAGAAGUUGUGACUAACAGUUUGACAAUUGAAAAGAUUCAUGGAGAUGCGGGUGUGAUGGGAGCAUUUUAAUAGAAAACCAUAUGGAAUCAUUUAAAAACAAAAAACACAGAACCAUAAUCAUUCGAAACAGCAACUGAUAAUUUUCUACGUUCCUGUGCUGGUUAUUGUGUUGCAACUUAUGUAUUAGGAAUUGGAGAUAGGCACUCUGGAAACAUUAUGAUUACUGAUACAGGUCAUUUAUUUCACAUAGAUUUUGGUCAUUUCUUAGGUAAUUUUAAAUAAAAGUUUGGAAUUAAGAGAGAAAGAACUAAAUUUGUAUUAACAGAAGAAAUGGCUUUUGUGAUGGGGGGCAGAGAUGGAGAUCUCUUCAAAAAGUUUUAGCAAGAUUGCACAAACGCAUACAAUUUAGUUAGAAAGCAUGGACAUUUUUUAAUAAAUAUCUUUUUAAUGAAUCUUUCUGCAGGUAUGCCAGAACUAUAAUAGGCAUCAAAUGUUAAAUAUAUUGAGGAUUAAUUGGCAUUAAACAUUUCAGAUUAAGAAGCGACAGCAAAAUUUAAAUAAGAGAUUAUUAUCUCUUUGAAUGAUACUUGGAGAUAGAUUGAUAAUUGGUUCCACUACAUUAAAAGAAGAGGUGGUUGA